AAAAAGGCAGCUAACAUCUUACUCCUUUUACCAUUUGUCAGUGCUAGUAUAGAAUGUUAAUUGCUAAACAUAAGUUACCUGAUGAGAAUUAAUGUGUGCAGAUUGUUUUUAAAAAUGUGUUUAUUUUAGCAAUUGCAGUAACCAUAAAUAAAUGUUUUUUUUCUCUUUCACACUUUUUAUAACCCUUUCUUAUUUGCUUUGCAUUUGUAUAUGAAGCAGCUCGGGGCUCACCAUGUUAGAUGAUGACUUGUCCACGGCAGAUGCUGGAGCCUCUGCUACAUACACAGUGCAGUGCUCUGCACUGAGGAAGAACGGCUUUGUUAUGAUAAAAGGACGUCCUUGUCAGAUUGUGGAAAUUUCUACUUCGAAGAGUGGAAAGCAUGGGCAUGCCAAGGUGCAUCUUGUUGCAAUUGAUAUCUUUACUCAUAAGAAACUUGAGGAUAUCAUCCCUCCUACUCAAAAUGUGGAUGUUCCAAAUGUGACAAGAGAAGAACACCAGGUGAGACGACCCUAUUGUAGAGCAUUACAAUAUCUAUGAAGUGUUGGUGCCGACUAUAUUCACAUCAAUUGGAAUGAAGCUGAGAACCGAUGCCAA